AUGGGCAAACGCAAGUUACAGCAGAAAGGAUUGGGUGAUAGAGGUCAAAGCGACAUCAAACCUCUGCGGUAUGCGCUCCCAAUAAAAGCCCUCAGGAACUGGCCCAAGAUCUUUCGAAGACGCCGAAACAUUCAACUCGGAGUCGAGAACAAAUCGCACGUCACAGGUCGCGCCGAGUCCGGCGAAGAUGAAAUUGACGACAUGAUCCGAAUUUUCAUGCGCGAGCCCGAGGAAUCACUGGGCUGCCUACCACGAGCCGACAGGAUCGAAGAAUUCUGCUUUGGGAUGAGCAUCGAUUCCCUACGAAAAGCCGACGUGAAGCAAGACGAAACGCGAGUCAUCGCGUGGCUGGAUGAUAGGAACCUGGAUUGUCUGCUCGAACCGUCGGAGGCGCACUGCCGGCCUCUAACAGCGUAUGAGUUGUUUCGACAAUUGGAACAGCCUCGCUUUCCUUCAGCAGGACCCCUGACCCCUCCCGUCACUGGAAAUCGAACAGCUCUGAUGGAUGCGGACCGGCGUCUCAUUUUCAUCACGAACCUGGAUUGCUACAGUAUCUAUGCACUUGUACGAACGGCUUCGACUCAUCAAGCCACUGCUCUUCGAGGAGCGCUAUACCACCAUCUGGAGUUCGAGGCCUCCUUAGAGCUAGCCGCCAUGAUGGAAGGAUUUCCCAUGUUCAGACUCGCAUUUCACCUACCCUUUUUCGCCGUGAGGACUUCGGAGACCCCGCAGACGGACUGCCGCCGGGAUCGAAAUGGGAUUCCUUUACGACGCCGGCAGGAUAUCUCGUUCCUCAAUUGGCAGGCCGAUGCUCCUUCGAUCUACCUCUACGAUGCACAAGUCUCCUGCGUAAUCACAGGCUUCGACUGGACCAGGUGGAUAGCGUGGCUCUUCAUCGACACCUACUAUUUUGAUCCUGGUGACGAAUCCGAAGAAGACGUAUCGGAAUACUACGAAGACGGACUCUCUCCGGCUGGCAUGCGUGCAGAUCCGCUCACGUACGGGAUUUUAGAUGCGGACAAGCCAAUUUGGGAUCCCGAGGAUUAUUUCUUGACCGUCUUGAAAACCCGCUUCGCCCAAGUGAAAAGAGAAUGGAAGGGAGUGGUGACGAAGCUGAAAUCAAGCUUUCGACACCAUCACUCGACACAUCAAUAUCGACUCUGGUCCCCCGCAUCCAGCGACGCUGAGAGAGUGAGCAGCCAUGGCGAAGAGCUUCGCCGUUCACUCGACUGGGUGCUGUUGUUUAUGCACCUCGCAAAGGAGGUGAAUGAGACUCUUUCCAAGACUCUCAAGGCAUACGAGCCUUUUUGUUCGAGGCGAGCUGGCGACUUUGUCGGCGGACUUCGAUUCCCACCCGAACACAAGUUGCUUCCUUCGAUUCAGGAGACAUUCGACGACUUGUGUCAACUUAGGGAGACACUCGAUCAUCUUCUUGACCGCUGCGGUCAAUAUACCAAAGAACUUGAGUUUAAACUCAACUUGGAAGUUCGGGAGAUGAACACGCAACAGUUGAGACUUGCUCUCGAAGCAAAUCGAAUUGCGGAGGAUAACAAGGGGUUUUCGUGGAUCAUCCUGAUCUACGUUACACCACUGGCGCUGACGUCGAGCGUCUUCUCCAUGCAACCUACAGUCAUACCUGUUCCUCCCACAUUUGGGUGGUUUCUGGCCUUGAUCGCCAUCCUUUUUUGCGUGGGAUUUCUCGUCCUCACCACGUGGUUCUGUCGUUGGGGUCAAGUAUUAGCCUUAACUUGGCAAUACUGUUGUGCGGUGUCUUGCCAGUUGCGAAUGCCCCGAAGAAAGAGGCAUAUCCCGACAGAUGAAGAGACCGGCAGCUCAACGACAUCAGAGGGCUCUUCUGUCUGA